AUGGAGAUAGAAGCAGCAGAGCCAGCAACAGAACUCAAUUUCGACAGCACAACUUCGUCUCCGUACAUAACAGCUCCUUCAAGCCCAACUCGAUUUGGCAACAACAAUGCUUUCUUCUUCUUCAGUGCACCUACAAGCCCUUCUCCUUCAACUUCCUCCAACAUACCUAUUGAUUGGGAAGACCAACCAAGAACUCCCAAGAAGAGAUCAGCCAGCGAUUUGGACGACGAUUUCGAGUUCAAUUUCAGUGGUCAAUUGGAUAAAUCUUCUUUCUCUGCCGCCGACGAGCUCUUUGAUGGAGGAAAGAUUAGACCUUUAAGCCUCUCCUUCACUCCUCCUAUCGUGUCUCCUCCCAGAUCUAGGGUUCUUGAGAAAGAUGAUUCUGAUCGAGGAAGAGACCGGUCUCUGGGAUUUUCUUCCCGUUAUGAUCGUAAAGGAAGCCGUUCUAUGUCUCCGUUGAGGGUUUCAGAUAUUAUGGUUGAUGAAGAAGAAGUACAUGAGUCAACAAAAAUGGUUGCUUCCAACACAAGCAACCAAAAAUCCUCUGCUUUCUUGUCAGCGAUUCUGUUCCCUGGUCGAGCAUAUAAGAAGUGGAAACUCAAAGAUCUGUUACUGUUCAGGAGUGCAUCGGAUGGAAGACCGGUUCCGACGAAAGAGUCCUUGAAAAGAUAUGAUAUACUAACAAAGCAAGAGGCCGAGGAAGCGAAAAAUUCGAGUAUCCGGUCUAGAGAAAGUUGCGAUUCGUCGGUGUCUCGGUCAAGGAGGAGGCACGGAGCGGUGGUUUCGGCUCACGAGAUGCAUUACACUGAGAACAGAGCCGUGUCGGAGGAGCUUAAGAGGAAAACAUUCUUGCCGUACAAGCAAGGCUGGUUAGGCUGUUUAGGGUUUAACCCUGCGGUUCAUGAAAUUGCAAGAGUUGGGUCCUUGUCACGUGCUUCCUCUUGA